UACAAACAUACAUUGGAAAUCGUUUUUGCUUGUGGGCUGCAGUGAUAUUCCGUGCCAUCUCAAUUCUCAAUCUCACAACCAAAGAAGCCACACCGCUACGGCUGUACUCUACUAGCUAGCUACCUUAGGUAAUCAAGGGACAGCCACUCUAGCCAUGAAACGAGCCGUGAGUGUCAGCAUUGGUUCGUCCAAGCGCGACAAAGUGGUGGAAGUGGAACUGUUGGGCGAGAAGAUCCGCAUCGAGCGCAUCGGCACUAAUGGGGAUAUGGAAGCUGCCGCGCUCAAGUUCAAGGAACUGGACGGCACUGUGGAUGCCUUGAGCGUCGGUGGUGCCGACUUGGGCACACUGGUCGAUGGCGUAUUUUAUCCCUUUCAUUCGGUUCAGCCCAUGAUACGAUACGUCAAGACGACUCCUGUGGUAGACGGUUGCAAUUUGAAGAAUACUUUGGAAAAUAGAGCACCGGCCUUUUUAGAGGAAAAGAUUGGGAAGUAUAUCCAAGAAAAUGGAGGAAAGAAGGUUCUGGUGACAAUGGGAGGCGAGCGCUGGGGACUCUCUAGUUCUUUUGUGGAAGCUGGCUAUGAAGCCGUGUUUGGCGAUUUGAUGUUUACUAUGGGGAUUCCGGUUCCUAUCAAAUCACUCAAUGCACUCAAAUGGACCACAAAAAUGAUAGUGCCCGUGGCUACCCGUUUCCCAUUGCAGUGGUUCUACCCCACUGGAGAGCAGCAGCACGUUCGGACGCCAAAAUACACCAACUAUUACGACUGGGCCACGGUCAUCACGGGCGAUUGCAUGUAUAUCAAACAACACAUGCCUGACAACAUGCAAGGAAAAGUCAUUGUGACCAACACGACAACCCCGGAAGAUGUGGCCCUUUUCAAAAAGCUGGGGGUCAAGUACUUGGUGACAACGACACCAGUUUUGGACGGACGAUCCUUUGGAACCAAUUUGAUUGAAGCCACGUUGGUCGCCCUGGCUGGUAAAAAACGUCCACUGACCCUCCAAGAACUGGAAGAAAUGAUAGAUAAGGUUGGAUUUGGCCCCCAAUUGCAGGAAUUGAAUUAAUUGAUGCUAUCCUACCGGUAGCUUGCUAUCUAAAUGCACUCCAGCAAAUCAGAAUGGGCGUUUUCUCCGUGAGCCUGUCGGUGGCAUAAGAGAACAGCAGCUUGUCCUUCAGUUUCCCGCUCGUCUCUGUUUUGUCUUGAACCC